UUUACUGCUGCUCUCCUUUCAACAUGAAGGAGGAUCAAGUUGUGCAGGAAGAAUCGGGAUUCCAAGAUGAGGAGGAAUCUUUGUUUCAAGACAUUGACCUGUUACAGAAGCAUGGAAUUAACAUGGCUGAUAUUAAGAAACUGAAGUCUGUAGGAAUCUGUACCAUUAAAGGGAUACAAAUGACAACAAGAAGAGCCCUCUGCAAUGUCAAAGGCCUCUCAGAAGCCAAAGUGGAAAAGAUUAAAGAAGCAGCCAACAAACUUAUUGAACCAGGAUUCCUAACUGCAUUUCAGUACAGUGAAAAGAGGAAGAUGGUUUUCCACAUCACUACUGGGAGUCAGGAAUUUGAUAAAUUACUAGGAGGUGGUAUUGAAAGUAUGGCAAUUACAGAAGUUUUUGGAGAAUUUCGUACUGGAAAAACUCAGCUGUCUCAUACUCUCUGUGGUGAACAUCAGAUGGAGCUACUUGAUUAUGUUGCAGCCAAGUUUCAUGAAGAAGCUGGCAUUUUCAAACUAUUGAUCAUUGACUCAAUAAUGGCACUUUUUCGAGUGGAUUUCAGUGGCCGUGGGGAAUUGGCUGAACGCCAGCAAAAAUUGGCCCAGAUGUUGUCACGACUCCAAAAAAUUUCAGAAGAAUAUAAUGUUGCUGUUUUCGUGACCAAUCAAAUGACUGCAGAUCCCGGAGCAACUAUGACCUUCCAGGCUGAUCCCAAAAAACCCAUUGGUGGACACAUUCUGGCUCACGCUUCAACAACAAGAAUAAGCUUGCGCAAGGGAAGAGGAGAACUGAGGAUUGCCAAGAUUUAUGACAGCCCCGAGAUGCCUGAAAAUGAAGCCACCUUCGCAAUAACCGCUGGAGGGAUCGGGGAUGCCAAGGAGUAGGUGGGGAAUUGGUACAGACUGCUUCUUGCUGCUUAUUAGGGGCUGGAGAAGUGGGAAGCA